AUGGGAGGUAAGAAGCAAAAUAAGAAGAAAAUUCUUGAGAAGGAGAUGAAAGAAUCUUCCACAUUUUCAAAUUACAGCGUACCUGCAAGAAAUCUUAGAAAAGAUGAUCUCGGUUCUGUAAUAUUUGGUUGCAAACACAAUACAAUCAACGAAUGCCUUACAAAUCACUUGUUUGGUUUGCCAGCCACCCAUUUCUCAUACAUUAAAAACAUAAAGGAAGGUCUUGUUCUAUUUCUGUUCAACUAUAGUGAUCGAAAGCUUCAUGGAGUAUAUGAAGCUGCAAGUCCUGGUUCAAUGAACAUCAAUAGAUAUGCAUGGGUUGCUGAUACAGAGGAUUGUGGAUACACACAAUAUCCAGCACAGGUCCGUGUUCGUGUAAGACAACAAUGUCAUCCGUUGUCUGAAAACCAGUUUAAGCCAGUUAUAGCUGAUAACUACUAUGAAGACAAACACUUCUACUUUGAGUUGGAUCAUCAUCAAACAAAGAAGCUGAUGUCACUAUUUACACCAUCUCCUGUGAAUCCUUCUUCUUCACAGAUUGCUACACGAAGUAGCUUCCCAUUAAGACAGCCAAACAGUUUUAAGAACAUGAAUCAGACCUCGGGAUCUUCUUAUGCUUCUGUUGUUGGCCAACAUGCUACUCCCAUCCCUACCAGUUCAACAUGGAGUGCACUGUUUAAAGCUGAAGCAAGUUUUGAAAAUGAAGGUGAGAGUGAUAAUGUGGUUGCAAGAAACCAUGAUGAGUGGCCAAAGGAUGAAGAUAAGAGUAAUGUUACGCAUGCAAACACUUGGGAUGAUGAUGUUGGGUGUGUUGAGACGCAUGAAUCAGAUUGGGGUUAUGAAGGAAAAACCAUUAAAGAUGAGUGGCAAAAUGAAGAAGAUGAAGUGUUGUCAACAAACAGUUGGGAAGAAACCAAGCUCACUCACACUGCCAUAGAUGAAGCUCAGUAUGUCCAGACUACUUUUGUAUCAGAGUUGAAUCCUCCUGAUGCAAACACCAACAAAGACGAUUUGCCAUCUUCUUCAUCUCAAUUGUUAGAUGAAAAUCUUGAUCACCAGCUGCAAUUGUGUAGUAAGGAAAAUGAGACCAAUGUAGAAGAAAAUGAUGUAAAAGACAACUCUUUAGUGCCAGUUACAGCUUUAGAGAAUUGUUCUACUAAUCUCGAGUCAUUGGUUGCCAAGCUAUUGAAAGAAGUUGAAGAGCUGAAGGAAUCACAUUUGAAGCAAGUCACAAACAUCAAUCAGCUAGAACAAGAACUGGAUAAAUCAAAACGAGAAACCCAGCAGCUUAAAAACAGGAUUGAUGUUUUGGAAUCUGGAUCUGUUGAAGAAAGCAAGAAUGAUUCAAACAUUCUGAAAUCGGUGAUGAUUGUUGGGGGAUUUGAUGGUUGUUUAUGGUUGCCAUGUCUGGAUUCAUAUUCCCCAUGUUAUGAUAUUAGAAUCCCACUCACCCCAAUGAAUGUUGUAAAGAAAUACGGCUCAGCAGCAACCAUGAAUGGUGAACUUUACCAUUUUGGUGGCAUAAAUCCUAUCGUUGAAUCAUACAGCCCAACAAGUAAUCAGUGGGUUUUAAGACCACCUUUGUAUUGGAGCAACAUCCAUGUUGCUGGUGCUUCAGUCAACAACAAACUCUUUGUGGCUGGUGGGAACAAAGAAAGCCAUUUUUCAUCUGAGGUGGAAUAUCUGGAUCUCAGCUAUGGGAAAUGGCUCCCUGUUCAUUCCAUGAACAGCAAGAGGUCUGGUCCAGCUGCAGUAGAACUCAACAAUGCUCUGUAUGUUACUGGUGGGUUUGAUGGACAAUCUUAUUCAAGUUCUGUUGAAAGGCUUGAUCCGCGUGAAGAAAAGUGGUCAGCACUUCCGGAUAUGAACAAAAGGAAGGGUUGCCAUUCCAUGGUUGUACUCAAUGACAAACUAUACACGGUUGGAGGAUAUGAUGGAGAAAAGUAUUUACAGACAGUUGAAUGUUUUGAUACUCGAAUGGGUUGUUGGGUGGAGUGUGCACCGAUGAAUGUUUGUAGAGGCAAUUUUGGGGCUUUUGUGAUUGGAGAAAAACUGUUCGCAAUUGGAGGAUCCACCGACAACAAUAAAAUUUUGGAGAUUGUGGAAUGUUAUAAAGAAGGAAGUGGUUGGGAGGUUUGUGAUGUAAAAGCAAUUGGGAAAAGAAGUCAUUUUUCAGCGAUUGUGAUGUGAAUUUGAGUUUGAUGAACAAAAUAGUGAGAUAUUAGAGAUAUAGUGUUGUUGAUUUUUGUUCCUACUUCACACGUGUCUAAUCUGGAUUGGUUAGUGAUCGUUUUGCAUGGCUACCUCGACAUCGGGAAAAACUGUGAAAAUGUAUGUUUUGUUUUAUUAAUUAUUAUUAUUAUACAGCCAUUGAUGUCACACUAUUAUUCGUGUA